GACGGCGGGUUCUGAUUCGGGUUUAAGGCCCACCUCACACUUACUCCAUCGCCUGCGACCACAGGCGAGGGGUCGCGCUCGACUCCAAGCCGGGUUCCACUUAGGGACACUGGGACAGCGGUGGCAGCAGGGGAAACCCCGCAAAGCCGAAAGUCGCUCCCAACAGCGCUGGGCCGGGAGCGCUUUGAACCAGGGCCGGCCACGGGCGCUCUGACGUCACUGGGCGCGACGCCCCGCGCCGGGACUACGGCUCCCAGAAGGCCGCGCGCGGGCCGCGGCCAGUCAGGUGGGCUCCAGGCCCUGACCGCGGCGAAAGCGCCGGCGGAGCCGGAGACCCGCUCCGGGAGACGCCGCCUCGCUGUCCCCGCGCUGGCGGGACCGGGCGGCCGGCGUCAUGACCCUGUUUCACUUCGGGAACUGCUUCGCUCUGGCGUACUUCCCUUACUUCAUCACGUACAAGUGCAGCGGCCUGUCAGAGUACAACGCCUUCUGGAAAUGCGUCCAGGCUGGAGUCACCUACCUCUUUGUGCAGCUCUGCAAGAUGCUGUUCUUGGCCACCUUCUUUCCCACCUGGGAAGGCGGCAUCUAUGACUUCAUUGGGGAGUUCAUGAAGGCCAGCGUGGAUGUGGCCGACCUGAUAGGCCUAAACCUUGUCAUGUCCCGGAAUGCCGGCAAGGGGGAGUACAAGAUCAUGGUUGCUGCCCUAGGCUGGGCCACCGCCGAGCUUAUUAUGUCCCGCUGCAUUCCCUUAUGGGUCGGAGCGCGGGGCAUUGAGUUUGACUGGAAGUACAUCCAGAUGAGCAUAGACUCCAACAUCAGUCUGGUCCAUUACAUCGUCGCGUCUGCCCAGGUCUGGAUGAUAACACGCUAUGAUCUGUACCACACCUUCCGGCCGGCUGUCCUCCUGCUGAUGUUCCUUAGUGUCUACAAGGCCUUUGUUAUGGAGACCUUUGUCCACCUCUGCUCGCUGGGCAGCUGGACAGCCCUGCUGGCCCGGGCAGUGGUAACGGGGCUGCUGGCCCUCAGCACCUUGGCCCUCUAUGUCGCCGUUGUCAACGUGCACUCCUAGGCUUGGUGUCUCAGACUUUGGCGUACCUUUUCCCUGCCUUGCUCCAGGUUUUAGUGAAGUAAACAGUAUUUGGAAAGCU